UCGAUGAAGGUACUCGAUCGAAUUUAAAUGAGACUGAUUAAACCUAAUAAUUAGUUGAUAUAUACGAUUCACAGAGUGAAAAUGCUACAACUAGCUGUUAUUGUGAUUCUACAAUCAUUUAUUAGUACGAGUCAUUCGUCAUCCUACCUCAACAACUCCUUUCCCAGCGAUUUCAUGUUUGGAGCUGGCACAUCUGCCUAUCAGAUUGAAGGAGCCUGGAAUAAAGAUGGAAGAGGCGAGACUAUUUGGGACAACUUUGUUCACGGAAAUGCGUCUAAUAUUGUUGGAAACGCCACUGGCGAUAUCAGCUGCAACUCAUAUUACAAGUACAAGGAAGAUAUUCGACUUGCUUAUCUAACGGGACUCAAUGCAUAUCACUUUUCGAUAGCUUGGACAAGAAUCCUCCCAAAAGGUUCCAACAAGCUUGUUAGUGUAAAAGGAGUUAAUUACUACCAAGAGUUGUUGAAAGAGGUGAAGAGCUAUAAUCUGACUCCGAUUGUUACACUGUACCACUGGGACCUUCCUCAAUUUCUACAAACACAAGGAGGCUGGACCAACAAGAAAACAGUUGAUUACUUCGUGAACUACACCAGGGUGGUAUUUGAUACUUUCAAAACGGUCAAAUAUUGGAUUACUAUUAACGACCCCAGGCAAAUAUGUAGAGGUGGCUAUGGUAUAGGAACGCUAGCACCAGGUACCAAAGACAGUGGAGUAUCAGACUAUAAAUGUGCUUAUUACGUACUCAAAGCUCAUGCAGCUGUUUACCAUCUCUACAAAACUGAAUUCAGCAACUUGAACGGUUUAGUAUCCUUGGCCCUUGAGAGUCCUUGGUCAGAACCAGCUACCAAGGACAAGAAUGAUGUGAGUGCCACAGAGAGAAGUAUGAUGUUCGAUUUCGGACUCUACGCGAAUCCUAUUUUCAUUGGUGAUUGGCCGACAGUAGUUAAAGAGAGAGUUCAAUAUCGAAGCAAAAAUAAGAAGGAGAGAACUCGUCUUCCUGCUUUCACCGAUGAAGAAAUAAAAGAAAUAAAGGGCACGGCAGAUUUCAUGGCAGUCAAAUUCUUCACAACAAGGUUGAUUUCGGACGACAAAGAAGCACCUUACGAUGAAACGUCUUUCGAGAAUGAUUUGAGGGUUAAAGAAACACUGGAUCCCAAUUGGACAAUAAACACCUUCGGUAAAACCAUAGUACCCGGAAGUAUGCGUUCAUUUCUGAAAUGGAUCAAAGAUACUUACAAAAAUCCCUCCAUUAUUAUAACCGCAAACGGAAUCCCUGAUAACGGAACCUUUCGAUAUGAUGAAGAGAGAGUACACUACUUGGGGGAUUAUCUCAAUGCCGUACUAGAAGCCAUUGAUAAGGAUAAAGUUCGAGUACACGGAUAUAUGUAUUGGAGUCUCUUGGACAGCUUCGAAUGGACACAGGGCUAUAGUCAACAUUACGGUCUCUACCGCAUCAACUUCGAUAAUCCCUACAGAGACAGAAUUGCUAAGAGUUCCGUAGAGUAUUACCGACAGGUGGCAACCACGAAAAAGAUUCCUGAUCCAUCAAUGGUAACAACAAUACACAUAACAACUUCAACUACCCCACAAUCAACAAGUUCAACUACUGCAAAACCAACAACUGCAAGUUCCGUGGCCAGCAUAGUAUUUUGUGAUAUCCUACUAUUGUCAACAAUGAUGGUGUUUUGGACGAUGGUUCAGGUUUAAAACUUAAUUUUUGUUUAUAAGUGGUGUCUGGUUUUCAGUUGGUUGAACAAAUAUGUGUAAUUUGUUCUAGAAGACCUCAUCAUCUGAAAUGAAAUUUCAAUAAUAGAGACAAUGAAUUUUUGAGUUAUAAAGCAAAAGUACACAAGAAAUUAGA